AUUGAAAAAUUGAUUGGAUUGUUUAUUCUUUAGAUUUUGUGGUCAUUAGCCGGUGCCAAAGCUUCUUCUGUCUUGGGCAUGAGUUCUAUUGCACAGACUUGCUAUUAGAGGAGGAAGUUGGUGAUUGGUAACGAUUUUGACUCAUGUUCAGUUGGUUUUGCAUCCACAAGUGUCUCGUCAGUCGGGAGUGGCCAUGUUGUAAAUUUACUUCCUUGUUCAUCAACCAGGAAAUAUUUGCUGCAGUGAUUUCGAUUUUCCAUGGUCGUGUUCUGCUUGUCAGAAGCUUCGAUCAAUCUAUCAAAACCGAUUUUACUUUAACAUGAGGAAGACACAGUAGUAUUUUUAUGGUUGUAUGAAUUGAAUUCACUCCAAAACAUCACAAUGGGAAACUGUCUUGAUAAGACGAAGGGAACGUCUUCUGCUGGUGUGAAAUAUGCAACAGACAGUGGUACGGGGGGAAAUGCCGAACCGAGUGCCACCAUUUCGAAUCCCGCAUCAGCUUCAGGGAAUGGAACUGCGCCUAAAGAAAAAAUCAAACAACCUGCACCAGCUCCAGGUGCCAAAGUUGUACGAGCGAUGUAUGACUAUGCGGCUCGGACCCAGGAAGACUUGACCUUCAAGAAGGGCGAUAUAAUGGAAAUCAUUGAUGAUAAGGACCGUGAUUGGUGGUUGGCGCGCCAUAUGUCACACCGUUCAGAGGGUUACAUUCCCAGUAACUAUGUAGCUCCGGAGGACUCAUUAGAAUCAUACGACUGGUUCCUGGGCACCAUUAGUCGGAAAGAUGCUGAGAAUCAGUUACUUUUACCUAGCAAUCCCCGAGGGACGUUUCUGGUCCGGGAGAGUGAAACUAUGUCAGGUUCCUAUUCGUUAUCGGUAAAAGACAAAGACGACGUAAAAGGAGACAAUGUGAAACACUACCGCAUUCGGAACAUGGACAAUGGUGGAUGCUACAUCACAACAAGAAAAACGCUGCCUUCAAUCAACGAACUUGCCAAACAUUACCAGUCCUUCGCAGAUGGUCUAUGCUGUCGGCUGACCAAGCCUUGUCCCAAACCGAAACCAACCAUGUGGGACAUGUCACGAGAAACGAAGGAUCAGUGGGAAAUUGAUAGAAAACAGUUGGUGCUGAGCGUCAAGCUGGGAGCAGGCCAGUUUGGCGAAGUAUGGCGCGGUAAAUGGAACGCCACAACAGAUGUUGCCGUCAAAAUGCUGAAAAUCGGUACGAUGAGUCCAGAGGCAUUCUUAGAGGAAGCUCACAUCAUGAAGAAAUGUCGGCAUGAUAAACUCGUACAGUUAUAUGCCGUCUGCUCGGGUGAGGAGCCGAUAUACAUCGUCACGGAGCUCAUGACACGAGGGGCUCUCCUGUCAUACUUACGGGAUGCAGAAGGCAGAACCUUGGAGCUGCCAAAACUCGUUGACAUGGCUGCGCAGAUCGCAAGUGGUAUGGCGUACUUGGAGCGAGAAAAGUACAUCCAUCGAGACUUGGCGGCACGUAAUAUAUUAGUCGGUGAUAACAACACGGUGAAGAUAGCCGACUUUGGUCUGGCGCGACUCAUACAAGAUGAUGAGUACACGGCAAGACAGGGUGCCAAAUUCCCUAUAAAAUGGACGGCCCCUGAGGCGGCUCUGCAGGGUAGAUUCACGAUAAAAUCUGAUGUGUGGUCAUAUGGCAUCCUACUGACAGAAAUAAUCACACACGGACAAGUACCAUAUCCAGGAUGGGGUAACCGUGAGGUGCUGGAGCAAGUAGAGAGAGGCUAUCGUAUGCCACGCGCUAAGAACUGCCCCGAGCCCAUCCAUGAGGUACAGCUUCAAUGCUGGGCUGCGGAGCCCGAAUCAAGGCCAACGUUCGAUUACCUGUUUGGGUACUUUGAUGAUUACUUCAUUGCAGCGGAGCAUAAGUACCAGGAUCAUACUAUCACUUAAAAUGUCAAAGGCAAAUGUUGGGGAAGCCACCAGGUGAUAUUGGAAUAAGAUUGGAUAAUACUGGAUACAGGACAGACUGCAUUCGUAACAGAACCUCGUAAUAACGACACAGUUGUGACUGAUUAUUGCUCUUCAUAAUAGCAAGGUGUCCUAAUUACAGAGGCUAAUUGAAUGCUAUGGCCAAUUCUGUACUGAAGCCAGUGUCCCAAACACAAAUGAUGUUGUGCUAAGCGAGUUAGGUGUCCACGCCGCUAGAUGCUGCAUUGCCAAAAUGCUUUCAAAGAAUUUGUGUCAAAAUUCAGUUCAGGGAGCAUUGUAUCAGAAAUUAAUCCAUGUACAAAAUAUAUGUGUCUUGAUGAAACAGUAUGGUAAAGUCCAUUUUUAGUAUUUUUUAAAAUUUUUAGGUUAAAUAAUUAUUAUGCAUCUUUGCUCAUGCAAUUUAAGACUUAGGUAGGUCAAAUCAUUUUUUUAUUAAAAAAUAUUCUGUCCUGCAAUGUUUCUGUAACCUUUUUAUGAUCACGAUAUUUCAGUGAUGUUUAUACCCAGCAAUUCUCAACUGAAGUGAAUGGGAAUCGGGAUGCUUAGUCUCUUAAAUGCAUGAUUCAUUUGUGUACAUUGUUUCCAAGUGUUGAAAGUAAACAUGGCUGCAGUGUUGUUUCUAGACAGACCAGUGGGAUAAAAAGCAGUUUUGGUAGUGCUUUUUAUCAGUCUGCACCAAAGCAUUGGUAAACUUUAUAUCUAAUUUGCAACAACUAAAUAAGAAAAUCUCAAAUUAAACUUCAAAUUUCAAAUUUUUGACAAAUAAGCCUGGCCUUUAAGACGAUUUAUAUAGCACUGUUCAGCAUUUAUAUGUGUAUUUUAUACGUUUGUCCUAGAAAUUGUCUCUAAAAUCGUGUUUUAGUCGGGAGUCAUCCCGAUAAUUUUUCUCUCCAUUUUUUGGGUCACAAAAUCUGUUUUUGACUGUUGAAAGUUUAUUAAAAUUGUGCUCAGUCAUAUUGAAAUGUCUAGUAAAAAUGAAAAGAGUGACAAAUUGAUAGCUGCCAAUUGUGUUGUUUAUGAGUGUUUGAAUUCCAUUGCUUGUGCAAUUAAGAUUAAUCUAACCCAUCAUUGGUUGUUUUUUUAUUAAAGGGGGCCUAUAGCAAAGAGCAAGGGGGCCAAAUAGGUGUCUUACAGGUGACGUAUAUCCAAGGAAUCUUUCAUUACACUCAGUUACUGAUAUUUGAGUAAUACUGUAUCAUAUACAUUAGUAGAAAGAAUGAGAUAUUGUUUUUACUCUUUGCCUAAAAUUUGCAGAUUUUUGAGAGACAAAGAGUAAAAAGUUUGGGGUUUUUUUGACGAAAAUCGGGGUUGAAAACAAUAGCUGUGUAAAGCAAAGGGUUAAACAUGCAAACAAUAUUUUAAAGAUGAGGUAUUUGUAAAUUUUUUAAAUCCCAUAUCAUGGGUUUGUGCAAUUGCAUACAUGUAGCAUAGUAUUAAAACUAACCUCUCUCGGAGUCAGUUAACACAUUUGGUACCGGUAUCAGUAUACAUGUAGGCAGGAAUAAAUAGUCUUUAUUAAUCCUUUGUGUAAGUUUGUGUGUUAGUUUUACCCUUUUGCUGCAAGAGUCACAUUUCUGAAAAACGAUUUUGCUUUUGAUGGUCACCUGCCAAAUUAGGCACAUUUAUGAGACUUUUAGGCAUGCUGGAGGUAAUAGAUGGCGUGGUAGGGCAGUUCGGGAUAAACAUUGAAUGAAUUCAAUGAACAGGAAUUAAUUUCGCAGACUUGUGUGUGUAUAAAAUGUCCAAAGUUCUCAUAUGCAGUCUUGGUUCUGUCCAUCCUCGGGUGCUAUCCAGUGAGCUGUCUGCUGGGUUGUUGCGGUCCAGUGAGCAGUCUGCUGGGCUGAUGCGGUCCAGUGAGCAGUCUGCUGGGCUGAUGCGGUCCAGUGAGCAGUCUGCUGGGCUGAUGCGGUCCAGUGAGCAGUCUGCUGGGCUGAUGCGGUCCAGUGAGCAGUCUGCUGGGCUGAUGCGGUCCAGUGAGCGGUCUGCUGGGCUGAUGCUGUCCAGUGAGCGGUCUGCUGGGCUGAUGCUGUCGGGUGUCUGCUGCGUCAUAGGGAGCUUGACAGUGUAUAUGUGUCCAGUUGAUUUAUGUUUGUUUGUAUAUGAAGAAAAUUAGUUGUAGUUUUCAAAUUUUAUAAAAAGCCUUUGAUCAACCGGUUGUAACAAAGUGGAUGAAAAUAUAUUAUAUGAUAUGUUGGCUAUGAUUUGCCUUUAAUCUUGCUUUGCUGAAAACUUCUCUCAAUCAUUAAAAUCCGCCACAUUUAUACAAUACGAAUGUAGAACACCGGUAUGUUUUUCUGUCCUUGGACAAAUCUGUCUGUUAGGUUUUUUAAUGAGAUGUCAUCAAAUCAAAACCCAUAAUUUGGUCUUAUGCACGUUGCACAGGAUGAAAUAGUUUAUUAAAUUUUCUGAAAUGAUGAUGCAGGGCCUUCAGCAUGGAAAGAAGGCCUACAUAAAAGACCUGAAUCUACAUAUUGAGGAAAUAUGGUGAAAAAUAUGAUCGUUUGCACUAAUAUGCGUAACUAAUAUUUUGCUAAAUUUUAAUACUUGUGUACAUAUAAUUCUUUGUAAAUUUUUACGUCGAAUUUUAUACUUAUUUCUCUUGGUUUCCUCAGCAUUUUGUAAGAAUACUGAAUGUCUGAUGUCUUCCGUUGUGCUGUUGUUUCAUCUUAUCAGAUGAAUGGAUAUAAAAUGGUGUCUAAAAGAAUGUCUAAAAGAAUGCCAAAAACAUUGUCUUUAAGCUGGAUGCUCUGAAUUCUUGACUAGUGUUUUUGUCUGCAAACGUUUCUGAAAGCGGUAUGCUAUUAAUGCUGAGGACACAAAAUUGACUAUUUGUGCCUGAUCUUAUAAAAGGGAAAUGAGAGUAUCCUCGAGUCAUCUUUAACAUUUGUGUGAUGAGCUGCUCCCUUGUCUUUAUGGCAUGAACGUGAUAAGCAUGAUCAGUCGGUCCUUAGUGGGCCCAAUUGAGCCGUCCAAGAUGAGGCAAUGGGAGGGUGGAAAAUUGGCAAGUUGGCACCAAUUAUUGCCCAUUAUAAGAAAGUUUGUCCAUGUCAUUUUUAUUAACUUGGUCAACAUUACGUGAUAAUCAGUUUGAUGAUAUUCAUAGCUCAUGAUCUUGAUAUGAAAUUUAAUGCAGUGAAUUGUUCAGGUUGCUCAACAUAUUUGCUCUGCUUUGUAAACCAUUUGCUUGUCGCAAGCUUCAGUGAAAUUCAGUGAAAUUUAGUGAUACUGUUUAACUUGGUCCAAUGCCAAGGGAAGUUACAGCAUUAAAUCCGAAGUUUUAUUUAAGAGGUUUGAUAAAUUUUUAUGCAAGGACUUGGGGUUAUUUAGUCAAAAUGGCCCCUAGUUAAAACGGUCCCUAUUUUAUGUCUCUUUUGUACUUCUGAGCUUCUAUUUGGAUUUUCUUCUUUUAAUUUAAAGUUUAAAGUUUAAAUGAAGUUUAAAUUGAUUAAAUCUAAUGCAUUUUAUGCAAACUUUGCCUUAUUUAGUGUUAAACGUGCACUUUCAGGGUCAAAGAUUCAGAUUGAGAUGAAAAAUAAUUUCAGAGUCUUAUAAACUUCAUUAAAGGGUGAAGUCAGUCUAUUUUAAAAUGUACUGGGUACACAAUCCAAUUCAAGGAUAACUGCAAAUUGAAUCUUAAAAUUUAGCAAAUAUUUUACCUAUCGCUUGAAUGUAAUAAAGUCAGAUUCGAAUAGAUGUUUAAUUAAUUUGUGCAUGCGAGAAAGAGCAAAAAAUGUGUUACGUCACCAGAGCAAAAUUACUGGUGAUGAUCGACAUAACCUGUUCUGAUUUAUGAACAUAGGAGUGAAAACAAUUAAACCGGCUCGGUGAAGGGCAAUCACUAGCCCUAUAAAAUUCAUCGCCCGUGCUUUAUGAAUCCAACAUGCAUGAUAAAGGUUUUCUGUAUUUUAUCUGAGGUCGUUUUUUUAGCUCACCUCUUAGCAGAGGUGAGCUUAUCCCAUACCGUGGCGUCCGUCGUCCGUCGUCGUCGUCGUCGUCGUCGUCGUCGUCGUCGUCGUCGUCGUCCGUCGUCGUCCGUCGUCCGUUAGCAGGGCACGUUUCGUAACUGUUAGAGCUAUUGAGUUGAAACUUGGGACACAUGUACCCUUAUGUAAUGACACCUUGGAGACCAUGUUUCGGUCCGAUUCGUUUCAUGAUUUGGCCACCAGGGGGCCAAACGUUAAAAGUGAAAAUAUGCAAUAUCUCCCUUAAUAGUAGUCGGGAAAUUUUGAAAAAAAUAUGGUAGGUACUUCUAGCAAAGGUGCAUCAUAUUUCCUCCGGGUUUUUGAUUUGACCUCCUUUUCAAGGUCACAGAGGUCAAAUGGUGUAAAUUGGCCGUUGGGAUGUAACGAUGGCACGUUUCUAAACUGCAAUGACUAUUGAUACCAAAUUUGGUACACAUUUACCCCUUAGUAAGGUGAUCUCAGGGACCGAAGUUUGGUCCAAUAUGAUUCACCACUUGACCACCAGGGGGCAAAAUCCAAAAACCUUAAAAAUGUGAUUAUUCCUUAACUUCUUGCCCGAUUGCCACCAAUUUGAUAUCAUGGGUACAUCUAACCACCAUACAGUAUAUGUCACACAGGUUUUUAAUUUGACCUUCUUGUCAAGGUCACAGAGGUCAAAUGGCGUAAAUUCGCCGUCAGGCCGUAACUAUGGCACGUUUCUUUACUGCAAUGACUAUUGAUCACAAAUUAAGUACACAUGUACCCCUUGGUCAGGUGAUCUCAGGUACCGAAGUUUGGUGCAAUCUGAUUUGCCGUUUGGCCUCCAGGGAGGGGGCCAAAUCCUAAAUUCUUCAAAAUACCAUUAUUCCUAGUAAUGACUUGCCCGAUCGGCACCAAUUUUAUAUCAUAGGUACAUCUAAUUCUAACAACCAUUCAAUGUGUCACCCGGGUCUUCUUUGAUUUGACCUACUUUUCAAGGUCACAGAGGUCGAAUGUACUGUAAAUUGGCCAUUUUGGGGAAAUUGUAAUUGCUUGGACCUACAUCAAACCUAACACUACAUGACACAAUACCAUGCUCUUUAUCCAUCUUUCCUCCAUGAGGUGAGCACAAUGGCCCUGGCCAUUUCAUUUAGGAAUUAUGUAUCCUAUUUAACACACAUAGAGUUCAAUAUACCAGAAGUACCCACAGGCAUAUCAGGGAAACAGUCGUUAUGGGGAAGGACUAAGACAGAAAAGUGAAAUUAUGAUAUCCGGGUUUGGGCUUGUACUACUAGAAACUUAAAACGUUUGCAAUGCUAAAAGUCAGGGAAUUGACACAUUUACAUUUUGCAGUAGAAAUCUUUUUUGAGCGCGACUCUAUUCUGGGUUAGCUGCCAAAUGGUUUUACUCAAUUCAGCUCAACUGUAUCAACACUUUGGUGAGGGUACCAUCAGGUCUGCCUUGCAAAUCGUAAGUAAAGUCGAGAACGUUUCCUGGUCUAGAGUAAUCCAUUGAUCUCCAUCCUGAUUUGCCUGUGGUCACAUAUUACAAUUAUCAUGUUCACAAAAUGUAAAAAAAGUGAUAAUUAUAUAUUUCUGUCGUAAUAUGCUUUGAAUGACGAAAACGGAUAUGUAACUAAGAUUAAACAUGAUUGUAAAUAAACUUUUCAUAUUGAAAA